GAAUCCUGUCAUCCGUCGGCGGAUUUGGCCGUUUAGUCGCGUGAAGCGAAUCAAGGAACGUGCCAGGAAUAACGCGCCAAAUCCUCGCCAUCCAAUUUACGAGCCGUAAUUAGUCGCCUAAGUCGCGCUACGUCGAUUUGAAUAUCUUUAGUCUUUGAAAAGCGAAAGGAAAAUCGAGCAAUUAGCCCGGAAAUUGUAAGGUGCAAACGCGCGGAGAAAGUUGGCCAAAAGUGCAAAUUGUUUUCGAGUGCUUUUGCAAAAGAAGGGCGCGAAGUGCAGUCAAGAAAGUUGGUGGUGCGAACCGUAAAUGUGCAAAUGGAGGCGAUGGAAAAAGCGAAUUGCUGGGCUCCGCUAAUGGGUUUAAUGACAGACAAGGAAUCAUAAGAAUUCAUUGCCCCCGUCCCAAUCGAUUUUCACAUUUCCCCGAGCCUGAGUUCUGAGCUUAGCUAUCAAUUUCGUACUCCUAACCCCCAUCCCACCCACUGCAAUAUAAUAUGCCUUUAAAAGUGUUUUAGGUGCGCCGAGCCACGCUUCCGAACCACUUCCCUCCCCUCAUCAUUCAUAAAUAUCCAUAUAUCUAUCGUAUCCAAGAAGUAGACAGACGAUAAUAUAGUAUUCGCUGCCACCCGCUGCAACUAACUUUAUUUUCAAAUCGUGUCAAACCGUCGGGCCGCGCAAAUAAUAAUAUCUAUAAAACUGGGGGAAGUCAGCCCCCUCCCUCCCCCCACACUCAUCAACAAACUUGUGUGUUGCCAAAGUGCCAAAGAAGCGAAACUUUGAAACCGGAAACCCGAAACCUUGCCACUUCCUACGUUUCGAAUUGGUUUUAUUUUCGUGACAAACUUUUAAUAGCAAUAUUAUUGAAAUGAAAUGAAACGGUAAUGAAGACGAAAUUCGUCUGGGUGAUAUAUUUGCAAGAUAUAUUUGUGAGCUCGGCGGCACGAAGGCUCCAUUCCCAGGCAUUCGACACCGAAAACGAUUUGAACACAAAGAUACAUCCGCGUAUCUGCAAUCGACAAUUGACAACUGACAGGUGAUUUCGUGCGCGGAUUUGCAGGCAAUUAGUUACCGAUUUCUGAGUGGCCAUGAACACAGGCAACAGCUCCACCGAUUGCCCCCACCGCCAGCAGUUGGAGCACACGCUGCUCCACUGCCAGACCGAGUCGGAUCUGCUGCAGGCCACCCGGGAUAAUUACCUCAGCAUCAUCGAUGAGUUCAAAAGGGAUCUCGAGGAGCUGACCGAACAGGUGGAGCAGCAGCAGCAGCAGCUGCAGCAGAGCUCACUAGCCAGCCAAUCCUGCCCAGAGCCCGAGCUCCACUUCGUCGCUCCGUCACGGAUCAACUGUGAACUGGAGAUACAAAACGAACACCUUUCCUGCCAAGUCGAGGGACUGCAGGAAAAUCUAAAGGAUCGAGAUAACCAGAUUAGCCAGCUGCAGACCAUGAUCAAUAGCUACUCCGAUUUCAGCGAGAACAAUCGGCUCAAAGAAGAGAUGCAUGUCCUCAAACAGAAGAAUUGUGAUCUAUCCCGCCAACUGCGGGAACUCCCUUCCCUGCUGAAAACCCAAGAAGAUCAAAGCGUGGAGCUCUGCACGAAGUACGAAAGCCUGAUGGCCAGCUUCGAGGAUCAGUGCCAGGAGCUCAAGGGCGCCAAGAGGAAAGCGCAGAGCCUGCAAACGCGACUGGAUCAGGUGGAGCAGCUGCAGAAUGAGCUGAGAACAGAGCGCAAAAUCCUGCGAGAGGAGGUGAUCGCUUUGAAGGAGAAGGAGGCUGUGUCCGCGGGACGUGAUCGGGCACUUCAAGAGCAACAAAAGAGUGCCCAGUUGGAGAUGGAGAAGAUGCGCGAUCUUGUUCGGAAAAUGCAGGGCCAUCUGCAGCUGGAUGACAUCCGGCAUCGCGAAAGUAUCCAGCGGAUGAACGAGACAACUGAGUCUCUGCGGGAGGAGUUGCGCAUCAUUUCGGAAAAUUGCCAGCAAAUGCAGAUCCGCCUAAACCAACAGACCGAAGUUAACCAGCAGCAGGAGCAGAUUAUCGACUCCUUUCGAAAAUGGAAGGAUGCCCAGGUUAGAGCCGAUGAGGCGAUGCGUCAUUGCGCCAAGCGGGCCGAGGAACACAUCCACAUGCUGUUGGAAGAAAACCGGACGUUGGCCGAGGAUUAUCGCAAUCUAUUCCGGGACUACAAGCUUUUGGAGACGGAGAUAAAGAGAGUUAAGCAGGCUGUCAACUGCGCGUCCAGUUCCGCGAUAAAUUGUCCACCUCCGACAAGUGGCGGUCUGGCCAAUCCCGAGGCAGGGAACGAUAUGGCCAGGCGAUUGCAGAACUUGACCAGCACCUCCCAGCGGAUUUUUAACCAGAAUCAGACUAUAAGCGAUCAGUACUGCAACCUAUUGAUCUCAGGAAGUCCAGCUGGAAUUGGGCAACCAGUGGCCCAAUCCAUAUUGCGGCGUACUCGAUCGUCAGAGGGUCAGUCGUAGGAGUCGCCAGGAUUUGCAUGCCCCUCCUCCUUCCAUUUAAAAAUCGUUCUCACCCAAAAUCUCUAUGCCAUCAAGACUUUGGAGGCGCGUAACUUGUAAAUUAUCUUUGUAAAU